UUAGCAAUUGUUGUUUUUGCUUUGAUUUCUGUCUUUAUCACGAUUUUUUGCUUUGUUUUUCAUUCGGCAUUCUUUGACAAGGGACACAAGGGACAAGCAAGCAGGUAAAAAAUGGUAAAAGAAAUAGAAAUUGAAGAAAACACAAAUUACCCGUGACACCUGAAAAGUUAAUAGAAAAUCGACAGAUAUAUGGAGGACAUUUAAAUUUGUUACAAGCCAGAGGUCAAUAAACAUUUCCCAGAGUAUUUGCAUAUCAAGGAAAUUACAAAUCUGCAAUCUGUGGACACAUUUGCACAACAAAUCAGGAAAGAUUUGAGGGAAGCAUUCUCGCCCACCUCAAAAGCUUGUUUAUUAGUCUCGUUUAAUUUCGAAUCAAGUGGCUGAUGAUUGCUCAAUUGUCUCUGUGCUGGAUCCUGUAUCACCCAACAGCUGGAAGAAUAUCUUCAUCCGUUUCAUGAAACUUCAAUAAACGUUGUGCCUGGCUUAACGCCACCACUUGGAUUUUGAGAACUUUUUCUUCUUGAGAUAUUCGACCUAAAGUGGCUAUAAUUGGGAAAGCUGGUGACUGCGGAAAUGGAAUUAAAUGAUUACAAUGGCUUCGAGGACCAUUGUAAAGCAAAUGAAAUGGAGCUUCUUAAACGUAAAUAUAUACACAAAGAGCCUCACAAUAAUAUGGACCCCAUCGAUCACAUGAUGCAGCGCAAGGAUCCGGAGUUUAUGGAUCAUGCUGGCCUAUUACCUCCAGAUCAUUUUAUUAUGGAUUUAAUGAAUUUUCCAAAGGCAGUGGUGUCUAAUGGUCCCCAUAAUGGUGCGGAUGCACUUCCACCUGAUUUACACUUUCACAAUGCUCAGUUAUUUCCUGUGGCCGCGGAAGAUCAUCAUCACCACCAUUCCAAUGAACAACGUAAAUCACCCACAUUUCUGCCUUUAGACAGUGAUUUUUUGAUGCCCGUCACUAAGUCCUAUACCACAGCCGAUGGAGUGGGAAAUGUGGAAGUUGGUGGCGACAAAGUUGUGCAAGAAUUACUUUUAAAUGGUACCGGUGUAUCCAUGGACGAUGGUUCCAUUGUCGAUGAUGACUGUGACAUAUCACGUUUUGAUUCACGCAAAGUGUUGCCCCACAAAAAACGUAUAUCCCGCAAAUUGAAAAUCAAUCACUCGGAUGUUGAUGACCUACAAUUGAAUGUUCCUCUGGAGGAGCAUAAAUUACCUCAAAUGGUGGUUAGCGGUGCAGUGCAACAAUUUCGCUGUGAACUUUGUUGUCACGUUACUUGUUCACAAUUGGAUUUUUUCUCUCAUCUUAAGCAGCACUAUGAGCCAUCAACGCCCGACAAUAUACUCGUAGCAAUGAAAACUUCUCUCGAUGCCUUGGGUCCGGAAAAAAGUGAGGCCGCCUCCAAUCUUUGUACCAUAGAUAAAAAGACUGAUGGACUUGAUCAAGUCUUCCAAGAUGUGCACUUUCCAUUUGAGAAUUUCACACAAACCGAUACAGUUGUUGAUACCGAUCGUAGGGUGGUGGUUGAUAUGAAUAUGCAGACGCAUGUUGAACGUGUCGUCGAUAUGAAAGUGGUCUACAACACCACAUAUGAUAAUCACCCAACCCAAACAUUGCAACAACAACAACAUCAGCAUCAUCAUCAACAACAACAACAACAACAACAGCACCACCAUCAGUCACAGGUGCAAGUAAUACAACAGCAACCUCAAACACAUCAGCAGCCUUCACAAAACCUAGUGAAUUCCGAAGAAUUCAGUGAUCCGGAAGAUAUGCUGGAGGGCAUUAGGGAUAAGGUACUCAUUGAGGACACCUGCGAUGCAAUGGAUUUAAUGGCACCAAACUCAAAUGGCGUGCGGCCACAUUGGUUCAAUAAUAACUGCUUCAAUGGCAUUGACACUAAGGGCAAACCUUUCUGUGAUGUAUUGUUUUCGGGGCAAUUUGCUCCCAUGUUGAAUUCGGAACCAACAACGGUGGUGCCACAAGAUAAUCAUCAUAUGGGAGUGGUGGUGGGGAAACUAAUGCCAAAAGAUUUGCUGGAGCCUACACAACAGGUUCUACAUAAUCCAACCGAUUUAAGAUUACAAUUUCCCGAGACCAAUGAUGGUAUGAACAGAAGUCAUGAAACACCAGCACCACAGCCUUCAAUUCCAGUAGUGCCGCCGCCGCAGCAAUUAGCAAUACCCCCACCACAGCAACAACAACAACCGCAUAUCCCUCACCAUACACUUGGCAAUAAUAUUGACCUGAUACAAUCUCAACACAUAAAAAUUGAAAAUAAUAAUGCCGAUAUUCCACCUGCCUACCAAAGGGAAAAUAUCCAACUAGUGACUCAUAAUGUGAUCGAUGAUCAGGAUUAUGAUAACGGUAACAGUGAUGAUUUUCGAUCUCUUUCACCUAAUUCGAAUAAUGAAAACGAGCAUCAAGCCAAGGGGGAGGGUGAGGAGGAAACUGAUGAUGGCAGCGAAUUUGUGGCUGAAGGCAAUGGCGAAGAUGAGGAUGGAGAAAGUGCAGAAGAUGGUACAACUAAACGAAAACGUUAUGUUUGCAAUAAAUGUCAACGGGUUUUUAACUCUUGUAAUGCCCUCAAAUAUCAUCAUCGUACCCACUCGGGGUUGAGGCCCCAUCAAUGUGAUAUCUGUGGCAAAUCAUUUUUCGCUGUUGGGGCCCUAAAGGCCCAUACUCGAACCCACACCGGUGACAAGCCAUUCGAGUGUGAACACUGUAAUCGAAAAUUUCGACAAUGGGGUGAUCUCAAAUACCAUACCAUAUCGAUACAUAGCAAUUUAAAGAAUCAUCAGUGUGAAUUUUGCGGGAAGUCGUUUUCAAGAAAAUAUUCGUUGGUGGUGCAUUUGCGUAUUCACACCAGCGAGCGUAAUUACAAGUGUGAAUUUUGUACAAAAAGUUUUCGGGCAUCAACAUAUUUACAAAAUCAUCGUAAAAUUCAUACAGGUGAAAAACCCUAUGAGUGCGACAUUUGUUCGAAAAAGUUCCGGGUUUAUGGUGAUUUACGACGCCAUCUGCGCGUCCAUGAACGCAAUCAAAAGCAGAAAGAAAAUGCUGUUGCAAAAGAAUUGAAUACUCCAGCGGCGCCUAACAAGACUAUUAUUACAUCGCCUCCCACCACAUAGUCAUUUUCAGUUAACCAUUUUAAUUUUAUUUUUUAUUUUUAUAGUUUUAUUUUACAUAGUUAUGUAUGUAUGUUGUAGAAGUUUUUAAUGUAGUAUUAGCCUAAAUCAACGCAACUAGGCCACUCAUAAUUGUAUGAUUUUAUCAUUAGUAGUGUAAGAUGAGAUAAAAUUUUAUAUUUUAUAAAGAAACUAAAU